AUGCUUUUUAAAUGCAAUUAUAAUGUUAAGGAUCUUCAAAUCACCUCUACCUUUUAUUUAGAACUACUUAAAUGGUGGUCGGAACUCCGAGAAGAUAAUGCUCUUAAUAACAAUUGGCAUUAUGUAAUUUGGAAUAAUCGAGACUUUAGAAUAGACGACAAGCCCUUUUUCUACAAGAAAUAUUACGACAUUGGUAUCUGGGAAAUAGGAGACCUACAUUUUGAUCUCAGCAAUACGGAAUCCUACGAGCAGAUUGCAAAAAAUGUUAAAAAGACAAACUUCCUUGAAUGGACUAGUAUGAGCCAUUCAAUACCAACCAACUUAAGAUUUCUUAAUCGCUCGGAUUCGAGUACCUUUAAUGCAAUACCUUCCCUUAAAAUCAAUGGCGGCGUUUUCGACAUAGCAAAAAAGAAAUCAAAAGAUUAUUAUCCUUUUUUGAUCAAAAAGAAGGCUUGUCUCCCAAAUUAUGCACAAAAACUGAAGUUGGAUUUUAAUCUAUCUAAUGACGAUCUCAGAAAGGCAUUUCUCUUGCCCCAUUCUAUCGCGUUUGAACCUUAUGUCAAAGCCUUUCAAUUUAAAAUACUUAAUUCUAUACUUUUUACCAACUCAAAGUUGUUCAAGAUUGGGUACAGGACAGACAACUUGUGCUCUUUUUGCAAAAGGGAAUCAGAAACUAUUAGACAUUUCUUUUGGGACUGCCCUUAUUCGAAUUCAUUCUGGAAAUGUAUUGAAUCAUAUUAUUUUGGGUUGCGAAAACAACUAGUUCACCUAACAUUAAAGGAAAUUUGGAUCGGCUUUUUAUCUUCUGAAUGCCCCUUGCUUAAUUAUCUUAUACUUAUAGGGAAAAUAUAUUUAUGGAGUUGCAGAAGGAAUGAACUACUCCCAACCAUAA